AGCAUACUUUGCCAAGAUUAGUUUAGUUUUGCCGUUUGUAGAAAGCCAUGGCCGCAGUGGGGGAGGUAAUGGAUACGAUCAACACGGUCUGCCGUGCCAGAGGCGGCCACUAUGCUCGCUACAGCUGCAAGGCCAUUGCAUAUGCUUUACUUGCAGCCCGAGAUUAGACUUGAGCACCAUGCGUUCUGUUGUUUCAUACUCCACUUGCAAGAUUGGGCAGGUCGUGUCUUGGGACGAUGUCAGUCGUGGAACAGUUGGAGGAGCAUUGUCAUGCUGGGGUGCAAACAUCACAGACACCUACCUCAAGAGCAAGAGCGGUGCCAGCCUCUUCACGGUUCGCAGUGACAACUGGAAUGAGAAGCUGGGGGUUGUGAGGGCGGAAGAUGUGGCCGUGGUUGCAGGCAGCGGAGGCGGGCCUUUGCAGCCAGUCACUCUGCGCACGGUUCUCCAGCAGUUGGGGCAGUUCGGCAGCUAUGCUGGGUUGGACAGCAGUGCUGACCUCUCGAACCCUGAGCUGGAUGCCAAGUGCUCCAUCCGUUUCCAGACCACCUUCAUUCCUGUGGACGGCCCCGACGGUUGCGGCAAGCUCGAGUUUGCAACAGAGGCGUACAACUACAACACCAUGGAUGAUGCCGACCCACGCAACCUGGUGCUGCUGUGCACCAGCCAGGGCAUGGCAGUGCAGCAGGAUGGCCGCGGGACCAAGAAGCUCUUCCACCACGCAGUGGACGACAGUGGCGUCAUCCACCGCUACUGGCUGGAGGCAGAGGAGAGCAGACACCAUGUUGGAGGAGAGCAAAGGGAGACUGCAGAGGAGCGGGCUGUUGCACUGGCGCGCGGCAAGGCCACUUCGAGCGUCAUAGGUACACGUGCCAUGGGCCAGCGCUUCAAUGUGCUCAUGACCAUUCAGGUGCCCCUGCAGCAAAGCCGCCGCCCACCCCAGAGGAAGUGCUGGGGAGGCUUGAUGCAGCCACUAAUUGGACUCACCUCAGGCUCAGGUCAAGUUGCUAUGGAAGCAUGUUCAGCUUCUGAUCUUGACUGGGAGUUGCUUGAGGAUGAAGAAGACACCUUCUGCGUAUCAGAACGGGAUCGGGAUUGCUGCAGACAGUCUAGACGGAAGGUACCCGGCCACAGCAGCGCUGCUCGCGUCUCUCGUGGUUCUGAGCACGACACCUGGUCCGGGCUCACGGCGAAGUCGGCCAAGCGCAACCCCUCCGAGCACGUGACCAUCACGGUGGUGAUCUAUAACGCAGUCAAGGGAGGGGUACCGAGCGCUGGCGACGUGAUGGCGGCCAUUGAUGAUUUGGAGUCGCUCUACCGGGCCUGCGCAGAGACGGGCAAGUUGGCGGACAGCACCUUUGACUUUAUGAAGGAGCCUUUGAAGGUGGACGACAUGAUGGACAUCUCGGCCAAGUUGGCUUUCCAGCCACCUUCAGUUGCGGUGGUUGGAUUUGACACAUUCCCAACAGCCUGAAGCAAUCGUUGCCUUUCAUGAUACCGCAGAUACCGGCAGAUACCUUGAGCCGAAUUGUGCUGGUCUCCAGUGCAACCGUUUUUGGCCAAGCUACGAGCAUCAGCCUUGUGCAGGAUGGCUUUGACGGCUUUUUGGCUUGGCAAAUUUACGAAAUGGUCACGAGCCUUGUACAGUGAGGCGGAGGACUUGCC